AUGCCUGCUAACACAUCCGCAGUAACUCUCAAGAUGGUCCGAAUCAACGACGAAAGCAUCCUCAAAGGACUGGACCUUGAGGAUGCCAAGUCAAUUAGAAAAGUUAUGACCGCCCUGGAGUACCGCCUUACGCACUGUGUUCUGAACGCCAGCGCUGCCGAAUUGAUCGAGCUGGAAUCCAGCCAGAAUUCUUUGGUAAACUCUAUCAUGAUCGACAUCUCGACCACUUCCAAAACCCACCCACUUCUUCUCGAAGCUGCACUGCGCUUCAUCUCAUCUAGAUAUCAAAACGAUGGAGGUGUUAUCGCUGCAGCAGAGGAGCUUGAAACACUUGCGACUGCCUAUGUGCUUUCAAAACCCACAGUUGAUUCGAAGGCUUACGAAGAAGCUGAGAGGCGUAUGGAAAAGAUCAGAGGCAAAACAGAUAUUUUGCGAAUCAGACAACGACUCCCUGAACUGGCUCCUGGCGCUUUUUGCGUACAGAUAUUCGGUGCUCGACAAGCCUGUGAAAUCGAAGCCAUGGCCGUGAAAGUUGGCGGCGACAUCCGCGAUAUACCACCACAGGUUCAACUUGGACUUCAGCCUGUUCCUGACGGACCCACGGGCCUGAACUUUGGUCAGUGCGAGCACUGUAUCAGAAGAAAAUUGAGUUGCGAUCGCAAAGAGCCGAAAUGUACUGCUUGCAGAUACACUUGGAGCGAUUGCCAAUACCCUGUUCCUACUCCUGAAGAGGAACUUCAUGAAUCCAACGAUGCUGCGAAGAAAGCAACUCAGCAGAAGGAUAAAGUUGUUGAGGUCUCCAGUGACUCCUCGCUUUCUGAACUUGACAUUGAUAGCGAUGUCUCCGAACCCCAGCCUCAGUCAACUCGAACCCGAAGUGGGAAGAAGGUGCAAAAGCCUGUGGCCCCCAAAAAUACAACUAAGCCAAAGCCAAAGGCCGGCAGCAAAACCACUAUGGCCCCUCCUCCCAAGCCACAGACUCAAGGCAAGAAGCGCAAUCUGGAUACUAUAACUGUCCAAGACGAACCAAACACAGAAGAUGAUGAGCAAGCCACUAAGCCGCCUGCCUCAAAGAAGCGCAAGGCUUUACCUGCGGCUCCCCAGAACACCGCAAAGCCAAAGGCUGAUACUCAAAUUGUUUCUAAGCCCAUUUCACCCAAACCAAGAACCCGCAGCACGAAGCGGAACUUGGAUACCACAAAUGUCGAAAAGGAACCAACUCCAGAAGAGGAUGAACAGACGACUAUGCUCCCUGCAUCAAAGAAGCGUAAGGCGCAAGCUGCAGUUCCAGAAGAUGAUGAACAAACCACUACGCUCACUACAUCAAAGAAGCGCAAAGCUCAAUCUGCAGUUCCAGAAGAUGAUGAACAACCCACUAUGCUCACUGCAUCAAAGAAGCGUAAGGCUCAAGCUGCAGUUCCAGAAGACGAUGAACAAAUCACUACGCUCACUGCUUCGAAGAAGCGCAAGGCUCAAUCUGCAGUUCCAGAAGGCAAAGAACAGAGAACUAUGCUCCCUUCCUCAAAGGAUGGCAAGCUUCAGUCUGCAAUUUCCCAGAACAACACAAAGCCAAAGGCUGAUACUCAAACUACUGAGUCCCUGUUCACCAUGCCCCAAACUCGAAGCAAAAAGAGGAAGUUGGAUACUAUGACUGUCCAAGAGGACGAAAGUCUACAAGACAAUGAGAAAACCACAAUGCACGCUCCCUCGAAGAAUCAGAAGCCAGCAGCCGCAACCAAGCCACAAGGUUCUACGAAGACACAAGCUGCCACAAAGACGAAAGCUGCUACGAAGCCACAAGACGAGGAAGACGAAAGCGAGGAAGAUUCAGAGCCGCAAACCAAGCGUCUGCGUUCUGGCAGGAAAGCGGCUGGUAGACCUCCCACUGCACGGUCUGCACCCACUGCACCCACUGCCCCCACUGCCCUCCCUGCCCCCGCUGCCCUCCCUGCCCCCACGCAGCCCUCCCGUGGCAGACCUGUCCAAAAUCAUGCUGGACAGAAGCUAUGCAACACUUGCCAGGCUUGGAAGAACCCUGGAGACUUCGCUCUCAAACAGCACUCGAAGAUCCCCGGAGCUAGGGUUGGGUAUUGUGUCCGCUGCCAAAUCAAAAAGCAAGAGAACAACAGAGCAAAGGCACAAGCCAAGAAACAGAGAAUGGCCCAACAGAACGGAACGGCUCUCACCGAUGAUAAUGAUGAAGAUACUGAAGAUCAAGUCCAAGACAGCAAGCCGACCAUGACUUCAGCCCCAGGCACUACCUUGAAGAAUAUCGCCGAGGAGAAUGAAGGAGAGAGCGUGGUGUCUGCUGACGAGCAUGGACCAAUUAUCAAAAAAGAGCGCGUUGAAGAAGAGGACCUAUACGGUAUUUCAGAUGAUGAUCGUCCAGCCGUUACUUCAGGCCGAGGCACUACUUUGGAGACUAUUGCUGAGGAGAGCGAAGAAGAGAGCGUGGUGACUGCUGACGCGCAUGGACCAAUCAUCAAAAAAGAGCGCGUUGAGGAAGAGGACCUAUACGGUGUUUCAGACGACGAUCGCCCGGCCGUUACUUCAGCCCCCGGCCAGUCCUUGGAGGAUAUUGCUGAAGAGGGUGAGAAUGAGUACGAUCCUCCAGACGACAUAUUCUAUUCUGCUGAGGGGGAUUACAUGAACGAUGAAGAGCUCGCUCGUAGUGGACUUCUUCACGAUGGCUCAGGAGAUGCGCAGGAGGCGUUUGGAGCUGGUCAAGGAGAAGUUUAGACUGAAAAAUAGGGGCCACGAGGUUCAGCUCGACGAAGAUAUAUUGAGGUUCAGUGGGUUGCAUAUGGAGUGAGGAAAGCAGAUCAGACAUUUCACGGGGCUUCGUCAGAUUGUUAAGGAUCGUGCUGG